GGACUCAAACUAGCAUGCUAGCACACUUUAGGCCACCUCCUCUUUGAGUCUGAAUUCUGCAGAAGUGCUGUACACAGAUAGUGUUUAAUUUUUUGGUGAUAGAUUGUGAGUGUUCUUGGAAACCCUUGGCAGAAAACUUCAUCUAUACAGUAGGAACGUCUGCAAUAGGAAUGCACUUCGGUCCAGUGGUCCUUGUCCUUCUCUUGAGGAGGUUGGGCCUUUCAUCUGAAUGUGGAGUCUUUGCAGCAUGGAGGGUUUCCCUAUCAGCGAGUCAAGCAAAUGAAAUGUGUGCUGUUCCCACACUGUCCCCGGUGCUGAAGAUGGCUCAGGUGGCGCUGUCGGCCGACGUCCUCUCGGAGGGCGAGGUGACUUGCUCCAUCUGCCUGGACCUGCUGUGCGACCCGGUCACCACGCCCUGCGGGCACAACUUCUGCCAGGGCUGCAUCGGCGGCUACUGGGCCUCCAUCGAGGUGUGCACGUGCCCGCUCUGCAAGCGCGUCUUCGACGAGCGGCCGAAGCUCAGCAUCAACCGCGUGCUGGCCGCCAUCACCAACCACUACAAGGUGGCCCAGUACGACGCCGAGGACAUGGCCACUGGCCCGGCCAGCCUGGCAAUGAUGCCCGUGCCCAAACCCCGCUCCAAAGCCGGCGCCUUCGGGGCCGAGACGAUCCCAGAGGACCUGGACGUGGCGAAGGGGAAGGCGGUCCUGUGCGACGUGUGCUCAGGCCGGAAGCAGCGGGCGGUCAGCACCUGCAUGACUUGCAUGGCGUCGUACUGCCAGGAGCACGUUCGGCCGCACCACGAGACGUCGUUCUACCACAGCCACCAGCUGCACGACCCCGGCGAGGCCAUGCGCGGCCGAAUGUGCCCCACGCACGGCCGGCUGCUGGACGUCUACUGCCGCACUGACCAGGCCUGCAUCUGCUCCAUCUGCGUGCUGGAGACGCACCGCACACACAAUACCGUGUCCGUGCAGACCGAGAGGGUCAUCAAACAGAAACUGCUGAGUAAGACGGAACUGGACAUUCAGACCAGCAUCGAGAGGAAGAGUCUCAGCCUGGCGGACUUGAGGGGGAGGAUACACACAGUGAAGAACUAUGCCAGGGCGGAGCAGGCUCAGCUGGAACACCUGCUGGGGGAGGUGAUCUGCUCGGUGGACCGGAUUCGCCGGGAGCUCGUAGGUGGGAUGCAGGAGAAGCAGAUGUCUGCGACUGGUCGGGCAGAGGAAAUAGCGGCGCGGCAGGAGGCAGAGCUAAGCAGGAUGCAGGAAGUGAGGGCAAAACUUGAGGAACAGGCCACCUCUGAUGACCACAUCGGCUUCCUGCAGGUGACGCACGCACGCACGCACGCACGCACCUCUGAUGACCACAUCGGCUUCCUGCAGAGCUUUGAGGAGGUGAGCGCUCCCCUGGAUGCUGAGCUGAAUCAGCGACGGGAUGAACCCGAGGUGGACCUGGAGCUGCGCUUCUCUCUGGACGACGUCAAGACCGCGCUCAGGGACGUCCACGAGAGGCUGGAGGAUAUCCGUGGGGGAGAGGUGCGCUACCGACACUCGGUCCCAACGCUGCAAGAGAGUGAGAGCAUGAUCAGCAUCAGAUCAACGGGGUCAAUGGGAAGGAGAGACUGGUCACUGAAAGACAUGCGCAGAAUAAAGCCUGGCUCAGCACACAAGAAGGUGAAAGGAUAUAUGGAGGACGUGACUCUGAACCCGGUGACCGCGUACCCUUUCCUGAUCCUGUCCGAAGAUCGUAAGCAGGUCAAGCGUGGCGAAAAGCUGCAGUUCUACCGAAACAGCACCCAGCGCUUCGACGUCUGGUCCUGCGUGCUCGCCAAGGAGGGCUUCGAGUCGGGAAGGCACUACUGGGAGGUGACCGUGGGUGAGAAUAAGGACUGGAAGCUGGGUGUGGCCCUGGAGUCUGCCCACAGGAAGGGCCUGUUCGACAUGGGCCCCUCGGCCGGCUACUACGCCCUCUGGUGGGGCGGCGCGCACCUGCGCCCUCUGACCCCGCCGCCGCUGGGCAAGGUGAAGGUGACGGGGCGCCUGCGCCGCAUCGGGGUCUUCCUGGACUGCGAGGAGGGCCACGUCAUCUUCUACAACGCCAAGUCCGGCAGCGAGCUGUACUCGUUCACCGCGCCGCGCUUCACUGAGAGGGUGAUGCCGCUGUUUGGGACCGGGGACAAGGAGGUCCCUCUGGUGCUGAGCAGCGUACUGGAUGGACACCAUUGAAGAAGGGAUGAAAGAUGGAUGGGCUGGCUUGAAGGAGGGAGGGAGAGCGAGAGAGAGAAUGAAAGGGGGACAGUAAGAAAGAGUGAAUGGCAGAGAGAAACAGAGUGAGAGAAUGGAAUAGAAAUAGAGUUAAUGUGGGAGAGAGAGAGUGGAAAGAGGAUUGUGGGUGGUUGAAGGACAAAUUUAUCAUUAUUGUUGGAGAGACUUUGGUGACCCAGUGAACAGCACAACUUCACUCAGCAUCUGUGUUAUUUUGACAGUGGGGGGUGAACAAAUGAAUGAGUGUGAGUAUUUCUGGCACUGACUGACUGUGAGAGUGAAUGUGACUAUCUCUGGGACUGUGAAUGUGAGUGUGUGGGAGUGGCGGAAUUUGAGUUUUUAUAUCUUGUGUGUAGGAUGGUGCAAGGGCACGCAGACAGGAGCAGAGAGAGAGAGAAAGAGGUACUGCACACACAGUAGAAUGAGUAAGCAUAUUUAGAGCGGGGGAGAGAGGGAGAGAAAAAAAAAAAAGCCAUUUGUGGCGGAUGAUGUGGGUGGGUGUGUUAGUCGAUAAAAAGAAACAGCUUGCUGGCCAUGGCACUUUGACAGUCAGUCAAGGUGAGCAGAUACAUGAGAUUUUAAGAUUUACAGAGAAAUUAACUUUGGUUUAGCAACUCUCACAACACACACACACACACACACACGAAAAGAACAAACUAAUAUGGGUCUAGGAUGAGUACACGCUUGAUGCACAUUUCUUUUUGGAGCCCUGAGGAGAAGGGUAGGUGGGCAAAUGCAUGUUUGCUAUAAGAGACCGUUUGUCUUGUCACAGUUCCCCCCCCCAGAGUUUUCCUGUUCGUCGCCUCAUGUAUUUAUAGGGUAAAGGGGUUUGGUGUAGUUUCUGAGUAUGUUUAGAAUAGUGAAGAAUAGAAAUACAGUCAGCCUUGUUACUGUUUCUUUGUUCCUUAUCAGUGAUGAGUUGCUAAAUCUAUGCCUAUAAGAGCCAUUUUAUUUAUUUUUCUUUUAGACCAAAUAAAAAUUCAUAAUUUGUAUAAUCUUAUAAUAAAUGUUCAUGUUUUGUCAUACUUGUGAAUUGUAUAUUUUCAAAGCAAUAAACAUUGCCUCUUUGAUACAAUA